CACAAAAGUUGUUUUAAGGAUGAGUCUCCACCUUCCGAAACACUGGAGAAGCAGUCAACCUGGAAGAUGGGCGGCAAACAGCAGAGCUUCAGCUCAUCGGAUCAGAAAUACGUCAAGCGUUGUUUGUAGCAACGUAAAUAAACUUUCUCAGAUGAGGUUUAGCAUGUCCUUAAACAACUGGACACAACUCCACAGAUCCACCAUCAGUUUGAUAAAUGGUUUUAGGUAAUUGUGUAUCCGAUGGUACAGUUGGCAAAGUGAAGAACGGUAAACCGUGACGGUUCAUUGUCACACAUAGGUGACGAAAUAGUUUUUAUUUGGGUUUAUCCACAGUUGGUGUGGCUGUAGAAUGAAGUACAUCAGAACCUUGAGGACGCGUCCUUGCUGAAUUACUGCCAUCGGUGUUACAGGGGUGAUUUUGUCAGAACUUGCCCAAGAGCCAUUUUGGUGGAGUAUCCAUGUUUACACACGCCAGCCAGGCCAAUCAUGUCCCUCCUGGGGCUUCUGACAUUAAACUGCUUAUGUGGCACUAUGCUUCCAGCUCCGUGUCAAACGUGGCACGUGAUUUAUCACCUUUUAAUGACCACUUUUAUGAUUUCCCCAUCCCACGCACUCCCAUGACGUCCACACCAUUCUUCCAGUCAGAGGUAUAGCUUCCUAAAUGCCUGAACCCCCAUUGGUCAGGCUGCUGGCUGCACAAAAGCCAAUCCCAGCGCUUCUACCAUGUGAUACACCUUUUGUGUUUAAUGAUCAAGCUGCUGUUUAAAAUGCUGGCCUCCAAAGUCACUACUCAGUAGGCUCAGUAGAUGGGCCAAGUUGAUGGGACCCACCACACUCCCUGCCCAGCUUGAGUUCAACUGUUCCAACUUAGUCUCCAGCAGAGGAAGCAGGAAAGUUGAAAAUGGCAAAAUCAAGACUGACCGUCAUCACCGGAGUGCUGCUGGCUACCUCCCUGUUACCAGAGACCCUCUGGGCUGGUCCGGUCGGGAAGCAUCUGAGGGAUGGAGAUGCUGGAGAUGCAGCCAGUGAGGCUCAGGCCUCCAGGACAGCUGUGUCAGGGAAUCCCCUUCGCAGCAGGAGGAGCGCCAACAGCCCAGACUUCUGGACUUGGUACAAAUUCUUCAUGGAUACCGGGAAUCAACAGGGAGUGCAGGAUUUUGACCGCCUUUACCAGCUCUACCUGCAGAACCAGCACCGUUUGGACGGGGGUCACUCUUUCGGCCACUACCUGCAGCACUUGAGGGCGAUCUACAGAGCCUGCUCCGAAUCGGACGACCCCGACUGCAUCCGGGAGCAAACCAGCAAACCCACUGCCCAGAUGGUGAUGCCCUGGGUGGCUCCGUUAGCGGCAUGUAACCCGUAUCUCGAUCCUUACUGCAUGUUCGGCGGCUCAGCCCCAAAGGCUGCAAACCCGGAGCUGGCAGGCGGAGCCAAGUCGGCACUGCCGCUCUACAUGCCUGCGUUCCCGCUGUCUGCCAAAGCUCCUGCCGGCUACUACUCCUCUCCGGUCCUCCACCCCUACCUCACUGCCCAGCAGCAGGAAGAGCUGCUGCGUAUCUGCAAUCCCUCCGACGUCGAGUGUCUGCAUUACCACCUGCGUGCCGCCUAUGGCUACACACCAGUCGCCAGUCCAUUCCUGUCCUACACUCAGUCGCCGUCUGGGUUGUACCACAUGUACCCAACGUGCGAUCCUGACCGCGACCCUUUCUGCUUCCCACCUCCAUCCCAGCCGGCCAGGAACCCUGGGGAUGGAGGCCCCGCCUCCAGUAUGGCCUGUGACCCUCAGUACGAUCCAUACUGUCUUCUCACCGCCCCUUCGGCCCUCGGCUGGAUGGGCCAGCUUCAGCAGCCAUGGAACCGGCUGGGCAUCAGGGGGAAGACGAAGGAGGGCUAUGAUUGCUACCUGCUCUACGACAAGGAGUGCUACCCGUUGGGCGCCGAACCUGGCUGCCACCCCUACGACCCGAACUGCAGGAAGCCGCCCCAGCCCGCCAGCCUCUUCGCAGGCGCCAGAUCCGCCGGGGACGUGAUCGAGCCUCACCCCGACUGCGACCCCGAGUAUGACUACAACUGUCGCCUGCGCCGGUACCAGCCCAGAUCUGACAGUAAAGCCAUGCAGAAGGAUGAACCUGACCACGGGGAAGGCAAGCAGGAAGCCCAAAACGAUGACCCAUUCCAGGGUGGACACGGGGAACCCUACUCAGAGCAGCACCUCGCCCAAUCCUUCAAAGGGUUCCUGAAGGAGAACGCUCACCAGUAACACCAGAUGUAGGUCUCCAUGCUUUCAUUAAUGUACCAGGAACAAGACAUCAGGGGAAAUAAGUGACCUUCUGUGUGACUCCACAUGCAUACAAUGAUUGAAGCAAUGUUUCCCUGAAUUCCCUCAUUACGCCUUUGUAGGCACUGACACAAAAUGUGUCAGAUGUCUGCGUGAAAUCUUUACAUUGCCCUGAAAUUUUACCAUUUAUUAAUCCCAUAAUAAUUUUAGUGUUUUAAAUACAAUGGGUUGACACACGUAAAUUGGGUUCAAUCAGCUUAUUUUUUCUAACUUCUGUUAUCUUUACCUCUCCGAGUGUCGGGUAUUAAUUCCAUGAUUGUUGUCUUAAAAUCGAUCCCUUAUCCAUCUUUGUCCUGAAAAUCAUGUGUCAGUUUGAAAUGUGAUAAAUUUUCCCUUUUAAUGUUCAAAAUAAAGAACGGUAGAGAGAGAAAUCAUU